AUGUCCGUCGCGCCUGUACGGCCGUAUACUACCAGCUAUACUGACAUGUAUACCUUUCUCCCAUCACACAGUAACCUGUCGCAAAACCAACAAAAGCGAGGCUUGCAACAAGUUGGAAGCUUACCCCUAUCGGCGUCACCACAGCAGCUGUCGCUGACAGCCGGACUAUUACCUCCCUCUUCUUAUGCCACAAACCCAUAUCACACAUCACCGUACCAGACAAGCACGUCCCCGUUUGGCUAUCAUCCACCACCUCACCUUCAACAUCAUCAACAACACAGUCCCUUCCAGCAACACCCUCUCGCCCCACCACCACAGCCUCAACAGAUCCCUCAAUCACCACUAAACCCUCGGAAGCGACGUGCAAGUGAACUCGAUCCUCAUUCCCUUUCUGGCUCUUCUCUUGGCGGUUAUGGCCUCGACCAGCAUGGAAUCUUUGGCAACCCUGACCGUCAGAACAGCGAUCAGAACAACUAUGUGCUGAGUGGACCAUCAGGUGGUGGCACGGGGCCAGGUGACCAGGGGAUCCCUCGACACGACACUCCUCCUGCGCGACCAAAGAAAGGACGAACCAACACACCAUGGACGCCAGCAGAAGAGCAGAGGUUGAAGGUUAUGAGAGAUGCUGGUAACAGCUGGAGCGAGAUUGCUAAGACAUUCCCUACACGGACCGAAGGCAGUGUCAAGAAGCAUUGGUACAAGGAUAUGCACUACGCAGAGUUUGCGGAAGAUGAGGUCAGCCAUUUCGUCCGCCUCUCUGACCCUUGUAUAAUUAUCUCUGACCGGCUAACACUGAUCACANNGAGCGCCGCACUUCUCGCUGCCAUCAAAGAGUAUGAGCAGAGCAAGUGGAAGGUCAUCGGACAGAAAGUCGGUAAACCUGCUAAGCAAUAUGCCAAGGAGCAUUUCGGCACUAAGAGCUGA